GGGAAGGCGUCGGGAAGCAGGGCGCUGUUCCUCCCGGCAGAACACAUCCGCUCUUUGCGCUCAACAGUGACCGGUGGGGCCUUCUUCUCCAUCUUCUUCUCCCUUCACAAGCAAUUCAUUGCGUUGCGUCAAACUUCUGCAUUCAGAGGCAUCGCCGUCGUGGAAUAUCACUAUUCAUUCCAGCAAUCUAGGGGUUAGAGGGCCAUUCGCACAGCGCAGGAAAGCCUCCGGGGGCGGAUAAGACGGGUUAACGGCAUAUCUCAGCUGCCUAUAUCAACGCCGGUUGUACUUUCGUCAGGGCAAGGAACGGAGGACGUGGUGCCUUGGAAGGGAGGGAAGUGACUCUUCCGACAUACGUACGCGGAGUGCGAGACAUAGGAGGUUCGGUAGAGCUGCGCCAUCGGCCUGAGGACAGGACAAGAUGCCGCUCUGCGGAGGCUCUAAGACGGUGUCGCGCAAGCUGGUGCUGCUCGGCGAUGGCGCGUGCGGUAAGACAUCGCUACUAAACGUCUUCACACGAGGCUACUUUCCUACAGUAUACGAACCCACCGUCUUCGAAAACUACGUCCACGACAUCUUCAUCGAUAACACGCACGUCGAGCUCUCGCUAUGGGACACGGCAGGCCAAGAAGAAUUCGACCGACUCCGCUCCCUCUCCUACGACGACACGCACGCCAUCAUGCUCUGCUUCAGCGUAGAUUCACCCGAGUCACUUGAGAACGUGGAGAGCAAAUGGGUCGGCGAGAUUGCCGAGAACUGUCCCGGCGUGAAACUGGUGCUCGUGGCGCUGAAGUGUGAUCUGAGGGAAGGGCAGGCGGACGAAGAUGUCACUGCGGAGCCUAAGCGGCCGCUGAUAGACUAUAAGCAGGGAUUGGCGGUCGCGGAGCGGGUCAAGGCGCUUAGGUAUCUUGAAUGCUCCGCCAUGAAGAACCGCGGCGUGAACGAAGCCUUCACGGAAGCCGCACGUGUCGCUCUACAAGUCAAGAACGCCAAGGGCGACAAGGAUACCGGUUGCUGCACGGUCAUGUGA